AGUGGCGUGGUGUCUGACUUCACAGGAGAAAAACACGCUGAUUCGGGCGGAUUUAAACAUGUUCCGAUUUAAAGACUGAAUCCGGAUUAAAAGCGCCUCGCGACCCCCGCGACUCCGCGCGCCACCAUGGAUGAGGACUUUCUAGAAAUAACCGACGAUCAUAAUCACAAUCACUGUGAAGAUCCGGGGACUUUAUUUCACCUGAACUCCAGAUCUGAUCAGCCGGGGGGCGCGCGCUGCUGCACACCUGCGGGGGGAGGGGUGGGGGUUGCGGGAUUUGGUGGGGGGGUCGUUGGGGUGGGGGGUGAGUCUGGACCCUGGUCCGGGCGGGUGGAGCAGGUCGGGGCGGCGGGUUCUGUGAGCGAGUUCGGACCGGCUGAGGGAUCGGAAGGGUCCGAACCGAGUUCUGGAAGACUUAUUCUAAACUCACCCUCAAAGUUCCUGAUGAAUGUAAUGACAGCUGAGGAUUACCGAACAAAUUACUGGCCAAAACUGGAGCGAGCUGUGGAGCACCUCCUGACCCAGAGUCCGGUCGACCACAUCUCCAUCUCCUACGAGCAAAUUUACAGCCACGUUUAUAAGUGCGUCUGCCAGCAACACUCAGAACUUCUCUACAACGACCUGAUCUGGAAGAUAGUCUCACACCUACAGCGUGUCUCCUCAGAGCUACAAGAAAGCCCUCCUGAAAGUUUCAUUGAGAAAUUUAACCUGGCACUGACCCAGUACACGGCUGCCCUGCAGUGCAUCGUUCCGGUGUUUAUCUAUAUGAACAGGUUCUACAUUGAAACAAAGCUAAACAGAGACCUGAAGGACGACCUGAUGAAGCUUUUCUCAGAUCAUGUAGCAGAGAAACACGUCAACACAUUAAUACCUCUUCUUAUAAAAGCAGAAGCUGUGCCAUUUCAAGUCCGACCGUCUACGAUGGCGAGUGUGGUAAAAGGACUGUACGCCCUGCGGCCCGACUGGGCUCCGCUCGCUCCGGCUCUGUUCUCCAGGUUUAUCCCACAGGUUCAGCCACCCGCUCUCGAGUCCCAGCUCCCCCAGUACGCCGUCCAGGACCAGAACCUGCAGAUAGAGCUGUCUUUAAAAGGGUUCUCCAGGGGCGACCAAUCACGAAAGAGAGCGAGUGAAGAGUCCUGACAGGACAUGGAUUUAUAUUUCUACAUUAGCUUGUUGCCAAUACAGAUUUUAAAGACUGCUGAAACCCAGGAUGGCUGUUUGUUAUUGUUAUUAUUAAUAUUAUAUUAUUAUUAAUAAUAAUAUAAUGUAUAUAUUUUUUACUUGGUUUCCCUGAAUGAGAGCUGGGGAACCAAAGGGCCAGAGGAUCAGAACUGACUUUAUCCUUAAUGCUGCAUUUACUGAGGCCUGUCCUAGUGAAGACGGCACCGAACGGACAGCAGUGUGUGACGGGUUGCAGUUUGGUAAACAAUAAUCUGGUGAUUUACUCAGUGUGACGCAGUGUGGUGUUCACCACAGCGGCACGUCCAGUCUUUUAAAAAGCUUAUGGAAGUUUUUCGUACCUUAAGGGAAAUUUCUAGAGAUCAGUCUUAGAGUAUAAAGUAAACUAACAGGAUGUGAGAAAUAUAUGUAAAGAAUAUAUAUAAAUAUAAAUAUAUUACUAUUAUUCCUUCAUGUCAGGCCAAUUAAACAAUAAGAACCCUUUGGCGCCCCCUGGCCUUUGAGUGAAGAACUGCAGAAAAAUAUAUUGGGAGUAAGUAACACAUACUUCAGUUAUUGAAGGUCGUGGGAAAUUAAAUAAAUGGUCAUUAACAAAUUUUCAUUAAACAUAAUUGGUGAAAUCACAUUCCCUAAUUAGUUGAUAAACCUGCUAUAUGAUAUUUGAUAUAAUAUUUAAUAUAUUGCAGUUUAUCUAUCUAUUUCAUAUAUCUAUGAAAUGCCUGACCAUUAAAGCAGAUAGAUAGUUAUUAUAGCAUCAGAUAAUAGCCCUUUUUGCCCUUUUUAAUCUUUAUUGAUAAUGUAUGUCAGUACAUGGGUAUGAUUUAUUGGUUUAUAAGUAUGUGUGAUUAUGAUUAUGGUUCAGCCUGUUCAAUUACAGUCUAUAUGAAUCAUAACUUGCUACCUGAUUACCUGCUGAGGUAUGUGUGUGUGUGUGUGUGUGUGUGUGUGUGUGUGUGUGAAUAUAUAUUCAGAUAUAUUAUCUGAAUAAUUUAUGUUUAAUGCUAAUUAUCACAGAAUGAUUCAGACAUUGAACUUUAUGCAUUUUGCUGGCAACUCUAUAUGGGGCUCCAUACAGUAAAAUAUUUGUCCUCAAAUUCCAUAAACCCUGGAAUGUAAUUGAAUGAAUUAAUACAUGCAUUUGUCCAAAUGACUAAAUAAAAUGAAUAUUUUAUUUUU